AUGACACUGAUAUCAAAUGCAAUCAGGUGCUGCAACAUACGAUGUCUCCUCAGCAAACUCAAGAAAUAUUCAAAAUUUAUUGGGCCCGGUCUCAUGGUGAGUGUUGCGUUUCUAGACCCUGGUAACUAUUCAACAGCAGUAUCAGCAGGCAGUGCCUACAAAUACAACCUACUAUUUUCAAUAUUGCUAUCGAACUGUCUAGCCAUUUUCCUACAAGCACUAGCUGCUAAGCUAGGCGCUGUAACAGGCUUGGAUUUAGCAGCAAACUGCAAAAACCAUUUUACAUUCAAAACAAACGUGAUACUAUACAUCAUGACCGAAAUCGCCAUUAUAGCCACAGACUUGGCAGAAGUGGUUGGAACUGCGAUUGCUUUGAACAUCUUGUUCAAGAUUCCGUUAUUCUUGGGUGUCAUAGUCACAGUCAUCGAUGUAUUGAUUGUCUUGGCAGCCUACCGCCCAAAAGGUCCCUUGCUAUUCAUCCGGAUUUUUGAGUCGUUUGUUUCCAUUUUGGUGGCUGCCACUGUUGUGUGCUUUGGCAUACAAUUAUAUCAAGUUAGUCACGAUGACUCAAUAAAUUUUUCAAUAGUUGAAGUGAUGAGAGGCUUUUUGCCAAAUGAAGAUGUGGUGGACAUGUCGGAAAGAGAAGGCGGCAAUGGCUUAUUUUUAAGUUUAGCAAUCUUGGGCGCAACAGUAAUGCCACAUUCCUUGUACUUGGGCUCCGGCUUAGUUCAAGCAAGGUUGAAAGAUUUUGACAUCAAGAAUGGAUUUUACGUUUCUGGAAAUGCGAUACUGCGAAGUACAGAAUUGGCUAAACCUGGCAAACUUUUAGUUGGUGAAGAAGAUGGUGUUGAUCAACUCACGUCUAUUUCACCCACUGUUGUACCGUCUAAACCAGGUCAUGAACGAGACGAUGAAACCCGUUUGGUAGAGGAAGCACAGGUAGAAGCAGAAGUAGAAGCAGAAGCAGAAGCAGCAGCAGCAAGAAGAGGAGAAAAAGAAAGAGAAGCGGAAGAAGAGGAAGAGGAGGAGGAAGAAGAUUAUAGACCUUCCAUACACGCAAUAAAGAAUACAAUGACCUAUACCAUGGUUGAAUUGGUGGUUUCGUUAUUUACAGUGGCAUUAUUUGUCAAUUCCGCCAUAUUGAUUGUUGCCGGGGCAACUUUGCAAAGUCAAAAAAGAUUGCUGUUUAGAGGCGACGAUCACGAUAAAGGUUACGAUUCCGGCGACGAAUCGGAUGACGAUUACGAAAACGCAGACUUGUUCACCAUCUACCAUUUGUUAUCCAAACACUUGUCACCCACAGCUGGAUUUGUGUUUGCGUUGGCCUUGUUAUGCUCGGGCCAGAGUGCUGGUGUUGUUUGCACACUAGCGGGUCAAAUGGUUUCCGAAGGGUUUUUAUCUUGGAGUUUACCACCAGUCACGAGAAGACUAAUCACUCGUGGUUUGGCCAUUGCACCGUGUCUUUUUGUCGUUGUGUUUGCAGGAAGAGAAGGAUUGGCAAAGACAUUGAAUGCAAGUCAAGUUGUCUUGUCGCUUCUCCUACCCAUAGUCAGUGCGCCUUUGAUUUGGUUCACAUGCGAUAAGCAAACUAUGAGAGUACCCAUAUACGAACGCGACGGAGACGAAGAUGUCGAUGUUUUGUACAAUGCCGACGACGAGUUUUUUGCCGAUAAUUUUGCUAUGAUGGGCGCGUCUCGGGGCCGUUCUAAGCGGUUCGCUAGCUCGGAACCUGCAAUCAGACUCAAGGAUCUCCGUAAUUCGCAUCCUUGUGCCGGAUGGGACGAAGAUGACGAUGACGAACACCAUCAUCAAUUAUUGCAUACAUUACCAGAAGAAGAAAACAUUUUGACCAUCACAAGUGACAGAAGCAAGAGUAAUUCCGUCUCCAAGCCAUAUUCACAGUUGCCUCAACGCGUUAUGAAAUCUAGAUCCAACUCGGUGUCUUGUUUGACAAAUGAAUUGUCUGAUUCGAGCGUGUCAUCAUCAUCAUCAUCGUCGUCGUCCGAAUCACCUGUUUUUGCUGUGGCUCACACCCAACAAGACGAAGAAGAAGAAUAUGAUGGUGAAAUACUUCGAAUAAAGGGGUACAAGGACUUUAGUAAUAGCACGUUGACAUCGGUUUGUGCUAUCUUAAUAUGGGCAUUUAUCACCAUGUUGAAUUUAUAUCUAGUGGUGAAUAUGUUUCUGAGUAUAUGA